AUGAACUCCCGAGAGUGGUCUUCAGCCGCUUCUUUAGAACUGGACCCAGGCGAACAGACUGGCAACCUGGCAUUUCCGGGGCUGCUAGGAACCCCGAGGUGGCCCCGGCCCAUCCCCAUCUCCCAGGAGCCACGAAGGAUCUGGCGCGGAGUUGCGGGCCAGUCAGGGCCUGGAUCGCAGCCUUCUGUGGGCACGUCUUUCCAUGGAAAGUUCCGGAGUCUGGGCUCAGGCCCCCACCUCCCACUGUUCACUGACCCUGCUGUUUUAGCCCUGGAGUUGCCGCUGUAUAACCAGCCCUCCGACACGCGCCAGUACCAUGAGAACAUCAAAAUAAACCAGGCGAUGCGGAAGAAGCUGAUCCUGUACUUCAAGAGGAGAAACCACGCACGGAAGCAAUGGGAGCAGAAGUUCUGCCAGCGCUAUGACCAGCUCAUGGAGGCCUGGGAGAAGAAGGUGGAGCGCAUCGAGAACAACCCGCGGCGGCGCGCCAAGGAGAGCAAGGUGCGCGAGUACUACGAGAAGCAGUUCCCCGAGAUCCGCAAGCAGCGCGAGCUGCAGGAGCGCAUGCAGAGCAGGGUGGGCCAGCGGGGCAGCGGGCUCUCCAUGUCGGCCGCCCGCAGCGAGCACGAGGUGUCUGAGAUCAUCGACGGCCUCUCGGAGCAGGAGAACCUGGAGAAGCAGAUGCGCCAGCUGGCGGUCAUCCCGCCCAUGCUGUACGACGCGGACCAGCAGCGCAUCAAGUUCAUCAACAUGAACGGGCUCAUGGACGACCCCAUGAAGGUGUACAAGGACCGCCAGGUGAUGAACGUGUGGAGCGAGCAGGAGAAGGACACCUUCCGGGAGAAGUUCAUGCAGCACCCCAAGAACUUUGGCCUCAUCGCCUCGUUCCUGGAGAGGAAGACAGUGGCCGAGUGUGUCCUUUACUACUACCUGACCAAGAAGAACGAGAACUACAAGAGCCUGGUGAGGCGGAGCUACCGGCGCCGCGGAAAAGGCCAGCAGCAACAGCAGCAGCAGCAACAGCAGCAGCUGCCCCGGAGCAGCCAGGAGGAGAAGGAGGAGAAGGAAAAGGAGAAGGAGGCCGAGAAGGAGGAGGAGAAGGCAGACGUGGAGAACGACAAGGAGGAGCUCAUGAAGGAGAAGACGGAUGACACCUCGGGGGAGGACAAUGAUGAGAAGGAGGCGGUGGCCUCGAAGGGCCGCAGAACCGCCAACAGCCAGGGGCGACGCAAGGGCCGCAUCACACGCUCCAUGGCCAGCGAGGCCAGCAGCGAGGAGGCGGUCACCCCGCAGCAGAGCGCUGAGCUGGCGUCGCUGGAGAUGAACGAGAGCUCGCGCUGGACAGAGGAGGAGAUGGAGACGGCCAAGAAAGGCCUCCUGGAACACGGCCGGAACUGGUCGGCCAUCGCCCGGAUGGUGGGCUCCAAGACCGUGUCCCAGUGUAAGAACUUCUACUUCAACUACAAGAAGCGGCACAGCCUGGACGCGAUCUUGCAGCAGCACAAGCUGAAGAUGGAGAAGGAGAGGAAUGCACGGCGGAAGAAGAAGAAAGGCCCAGCCGCGGCCAGCGAGGAGGCCGCCUACCCGCCCGUGGUGGAAGACGAGGAGAUGGAGGCGUCGGGCGUGAGCGGCAACGAGGAGGAGAUGGCCGAGGAGCCCGAAGCCUUACAUGCCCCUGGGAGCGAGGUCCCCAGAGGGGAGUGCAGUGGCCCAGCCACUGUCAAGAACAGCUCUGACACUGAGAGCGUCCCCUCCCCGCGUGCCGAGGCUGCCAAGGACACGGGGCAGAACGGGCCCAAGCCCACACCUGCCCUGGGCACUGAGGGGCCACCCCCCGAACCGCCCACCCCACCGCCGGAGGACAACCCAGCCCCAGCCGAGCCCGCCCCUGCUCCCCAAGCCACUGGCCCACCCACACCCCCACCGGCACCCCCGUCACCAGCUGCACCCCUGGCUGUGGUCCCCAAGGAGGAGAAGGAGGAAGAGGCCACAGCAGCGCCCCCAGCGGAGGAGGAGGAGGAGCAGAAGCCCCCUGUGGCCCAUGAGCUGGCUGCAGAAGCCGGGAAGGAGGGGCCGGGGGCGGCGCCCCCAGAGGAGCCCAUCAAGAGCGAGUGCAAGGACGAGCCCACUGAGGGCGGUCCGGACAGAGGCCAGGGGUCCGAGGCUGGCACUGAUGCCGCACCCGCACCCGAGGGGGCGCUCAAGGAGAAGAAGGAGGGAGGGAGCAACAGGGCCGGGGCCAAGGGCGCGGGCGCCCCCCAAGACAGCGACUCGAGUGCCACCUGCAGCGCCGACGAGGCGGAUGAGCCCGAGGGCAGCGAGAAGAGCAGGCUGCUGUCCCCGAGGCCCAGCCUCCUCACCCCGACCGGCGACCUCAGGGCCAACGCCUCACCCCAGAAGCCCCUGGACCUGAAGCAGCUGAAGCAGCGGGGCCACCCCCUGCCCCUGGGCCUCCACGACGGCACCCGACCCGGCCUGCCACGCCCGUCCACCAUCUCCAACCCGCCACCCCUCAUCUCCUCCACCAAGCACCCCAGCUCUCUGGACAGACAGAUGGGCUCCGUCUCCCAGGGAAUCUCAGUCCCGUUCUCCGAGCACGCCAAGGCCCCGGUGGGGCCCCUCACCAUGGGGCUGCCCCUCACCAUGGACCCCAAGAAGCUAGCACCCUUCAGUGGAGUGAAGCAGGAGCAGCUGUCCCCCCGGAGCCAGGCUGGGCCCCCGGAGAGCGUGGGAGCACCCACGGCCCAGGAGACGUCUGUGCUGAGAGGGACAGCCCUGGGCUCCGUGCCGGGCGGAAGCAUCACCAGGGGAGUGCCCGGCCCGCGGGUGCCUGCGGAGAGCCCUGUCAGCUACCGCGGCUCCAUCACCCACGGCACCCCGGCUGAUGUCCUGUACAAGGGAGCCAUCACCAGGAUCAUUGGCGAGGACAGCCCGAGCCGCCUGGACCGCGGCCGGGAGGAUGGCCUGCCCAAAGGUCACGUCAUCUACGAGGGCAAGAAGGGCCACGUCCUGUCCUACGAGGGUGGCAUGUCUGUGCCCCAGUGUGCCAAGGAAGACGGCAGGAGCAGCUCAGGACCCCCUCACGAGCCGACCGCCCCCAAGCGCACCUACGACAUGAUGGAGGGUCGUGUGGGCAGGGCCAUCUCCUCCGCCAGCAUCGAGGGGCUCAUGGGCCGCGCCAUCCCGCCUGAGCGCCACAGCCCCCACCACCUCAAGGAGCAGCACCACCUCCGCGGCUCCAUCACUCAAGGGAUUCCCCGCUCCUACGUGGAGGCCCAGGAGGACUACCUGCGCCGCGAGGCCAAGCUCCUGAAGCGCGAGGGCACGCCACCUCCGCCCCCGCCGCCACGCGACCUGGCCGAGGCCUACAAGACACGGCCGUUGGAGGCCCUGGGCCCCCUGAAGCUGAAGCCGGCCCCUGAGGGCUUGGUGGCCACCGUGAAGGAGGCGGGGCGCUCCAUCCACGAGAUCCCGCGGGAGGAGCUGCGGCGCACCCCCGAGCUGCCCCUGGCCCCGCGGCCACUCAAGGAGGGCUCCAUCACGCAGGGCCGGGGGCCGUCAGCAGCUCGGGGGGCUCCAUCACCCGAGGGGCCCCAGUCAUCGUGCCUGAGCUGGGCAAGCCGCGUCAGAGCCCCCUGACCUAUGAGGACCACGGGGCACCCUUCGCGGGCCUCCUUCCCCGCGGCUCGCCCGUGACCACGCGGGAGCCCACGCCGCGCCUGCAGGAGGGCAGCCUCUCGUCCAGCAAGGCCUCCCAGGAUCGAAAGCUGACCUCGACGCCCCGGGAGGUCGCCAAGUCCCCACACAGCGCCGUGCCUGAGCACCACCCGCACCCCAUCUCCCCGUACGAACACCUACUGCGGGGCGUGAGUGGCGUGGACCUGUACCGCGGCCACAUCCCGCUGGCCUUCGACCCCACCUCCAUACCCCGUGGGAUCCCUCUGGACGCAGCUGCUGCCUAUUACCUGCCCCGGCACCUGGCCCCCAACCCCACCUACCCGCACCUGUACCCCCCAUACCUCAGCUACCCUGACACGGCGGCGCUGGAGAACCGGCAGACCAUCAUCAACGACUACAUCACCUCGCAGCAGAUGCACCACAAUGCGGCCACCGCCAUGGCGCAGCGGGCCGACAUGCUGCGGGGCCUGUCGCCCCGGGAGUCCUCACUGGCUCUGAACUACGCCGCCGGCCCGCGAGGCAUCAUCGACCUGUCCCAAGUACCACACCUGCCUGUGUUGGUGCCCCCGACGCCGGGCACCCCCGCCACAGCCAUGGACCGCCUGACGUACCUCCCCUCCGCAGCCCAGCCCUUCGGCAGCCGGCUCAGCAGCUCCCCGCUCUCCCCAGGAGGCCCCACUCACUUGACAAAGCCAACCUCCACGUCGGCGUCCGAGCGGGAGAGGGAGCGGGAGCGAGAGAAGUCCAUCCUCACCUCCACCACGACGGUGGAGCACGCACCCAUCUGGAGACCCGGUACGGAGCAGAGCAGCGGGGGCAGCGGGCGGCCCGCCUCCCACUCCCACUCCCACCAGCACUCGCCCAUGUCCCCCCGGACCCAGGACGCUGUCCAGCAGAGACCCAGCGUGCUGCACAACACGGGCAUGAAGGGCACCGUUACCUCCGUGGAGCCCGGCACCCCCACCGUCCUGAGGUCCACCUCCACGUCCUCGCCUGUCCGCCCAGCUGCCACAUUCCCGCCUGCCACCCACUGCCCGCUGGGCGGCGCCCUCGAUGGGGUGUACCCCACGCUCAUGGAGCCUGUCUUACUGCCCAAGGAGGCCUCUCGGGUGGCCCGGCCGGAGCGGCCCCGAGCGGACAGUAGCCAUGCCUUCCUCACCAAGCCCCCGGCCCGCUCUGGCCUGGAGCCUGCCUCCUCUCCCAGCAAGGGCUCUGAGCCCCGGCCCCUGGCGACCCCCGGCUCCAGCCACGCGGCCGUCGCCCGCACCCCAGCGAAGAGCCUCGCGCCCCACCACGCCAGCCCGGACCAGCCGGCACCGCCCACCUCCGCCUCUGACCCGCACCGGGAAAAGACUCAAAGUAAACCCUUUUCCAUCCAGGAAUUGGAACUCCGUUCUCUGGGUAAGACCACCCUGACAGCGGCCACCUUCAUAGACGCGAUUAUCAUGCGUCAAAUUGCUCACGAUAAGGGGCCGCGAGAAGGAGGCUCUCUGGCCAGCGACUCCCCUCGCGAUGGUUACCACGGCGGCAGCUACAGCCCCGACGGCGUGGAGCCCAUCAGCCCUGUGAGCUCGCCCAGCCUGGCCCACGACAAGGGUCCGCCCAGGCACCUCGAGGAGCUUGACAAGAGCCACCUGGAGGGGGAGCCGCGGCACAAGCACCCAGGCCCCGUGAAGCUCAGCAGUGAGGCUGCCCACCUCCCGCACCUGCGGCCGCUGCCCGAGAGCCAGCCCUCAUCCAGCCCGCUGCUCCAGACUGCCCCGGGGGUCAAAGGCCACCAGCGGGUGGUCACCCUGGCACAGCACAUCAGUGAGGUCAUCACGCAGGACUAUACGCGGCACCACCCUCAGCAGCUCGCCGCGCCCCUUCCUGCUCCGCUCUACUCCUUCCCUGGCGCCAGCUGCCCCGUCCUGGACCUCCGCCGCCCACCCAGCGACCUCUACCUCCCGCCCCCUGACCAUGGCGCCCCGGCCCGCGGCUCUCCUCACAGUGAAGGGGGCAAGAGGUCCCCAGAGCCGAGCAAGACGUCGGUCCUGGCAGGUGGCGAGGAUGGCAUCGAACCCGUGUCCCCACCAGAAGGCACGACCGACCCGGGGCAUCCCCGCAGUGCUGCGUACCCGCUGCUGUAUCGGGACGGGGAGCAGACAGAGCCCAGCACGGUGGGCUCCAAAUCUCCGGGCAGCACUGGCCAGCCACCGGCCUUCUUCAGCAAGCUGACCGAGAGCAACUCCGCCAUGGUCAAGUCAAAGAAGCAGGAGAUCAACAAGAAGCUGAACACCCACAGUCGGAACGAGCCGGAGUACAAUACCGGUCAGCCUGGGACAGAGAUCUUCAACAUGCCUGCCAUCACCGGAGCAGGCCUCCUGACCUGUAGGAGCCAGGCGGUGCAGGAACACGCCGGCACCACCAUGGGGCUGGAGGCCAUAAUUAGAAAGGCGCUCAUGGGUAAAUAUGAUCAGUGGGAAGAGCCCCCGCCGCUCGGUGCCAGUGCUUUUAACCCUCUGACCGCCAGCGCCAGCCUGCCCGCUGCUAUGCCCGUAACCGCUGCUGACGGACGGAGUGACCACACGCUCACCUCGCCAGGUGGUGGAGGAAAGGCCAAGGUCUCCGGGCGACCCAGCAGCAGGAAAGCCAAGUCCCCGGCCCCAGGCCUGGCGUCAGGCGACCGGCCGCCCUCCGUCUCCUCAGUGCACUCGGAGGGGGACUGCAACCGCCGGACGCCACUCACCAACCGCGUGUGGGAGGACCGGCCGUCGUCGGCAGGGUCCACCCCGUUCCCCUACAACCCUCUGAUCAUGCGGCUGCAGGCGGGCAUCAUGGCCUCCCCGCCCCCGCCUGGCCUCCCCGUGGGCAGCGGUCCCCUCGCCGGCCCACACCAUGCCUGGGAUGAGGAGCCCAAGCCCCUGCUCUGCUCGCAGUAUGAGACGCUGUCCGACAGCGAGUGACCCCGACGGUGGAGCCAGGCCCCAGUGAGCUGCAGGAGUGGCCCAGCGGGAGCAGGCAGCCGCCGGCCCCCGCCACUGGGGAAGGAGCCCCUGAGUCCGCCUGCGCAUCUGUCCGUCCGUCCGUCCAGAGCCGGCAUCCUUGCCUGUCUAAAGCCUUAACUAAGACUCCCGCCCCGGGCUGGCCCUGCACAGUGACCUUACUCAGGGGAUGUUUACCUGGUGCUCUGGAGGGGAGGGGAGAGGAGGGGAGGGCCGGGGAGGGGCAUGGCAGGCGCGUGGUGGCCACACGCACGCGGCCGGGGCGGCCAGGGACCCAAAGCAGGACGACCACGCACCUCCACGCCACUGCCUCCCCCAUGGCGCAUUCAGAACCAAAGUCUAAGCUGAGCUCAGCCCCUGCGCCUGCCCUCCGCCUCCUGUCCCGCUUAGCCCUCUGGACAGGUGGACACGGGCCUGGCCAGCCCCCAGCGCACUCGUGCCAGUCCCCACAGGCGGCCCCAGCCAACAAGACUGCCGGGAACCCAGUCAGGUCAGGUGGGCGGACGAAAGGGCCGGGUGCAGCCUGCAGCGAGGGCUGCUCGAGGAACGGGACUGCUUCGUACAUCGUGGCCGGCGGUGGGAAGAGGCAGAUGAGGUAUUGGUUUACAGGGUAUAUUUUUGAUACCUUCGAUGAAUUAGUUCAGAAGUUUUACACGAGGAAGGACUUACCCAGUGUUACUGCUGCUGUGCUUCCGACUCUGCUCGCCGUGGGGAGGCAUGUGCAGGCUGACAGUCGGACAGCGGGAGAGACCGUCGUCCGGGGCCCGGGGGCCACGGCUCCUGAGCCGCCCCGUCCGGGCCUCCCUCCCUCCCUCCCUUGGGCAGAUUUGAGUCGGACGCGAAUUCUGCAGCCGCCGUCCGCGCAUGGCGGUGGUGUCCUGUCAUUUACACGUCGUUCUAAUUAAAAAGAGAAUUAUACUCGA